AUGGCAACACUAAUCUUUAUUGAUAAGGAGAAUGGUGAAGUUGGUGCUACUAAGAAUCAGCUAAGACUCCCUUCUGGAUCUUCAAAAGUCUUAUCUGAAAGAACACAAGUUAACACUCCGCUUGCUAAAAAAACAAUCAGUACACCUCCUGUCACAUCUCGCUCUGUCAGAAAGGCUCUUGGAAAUGUGAAUAGAACUGGAAGACUCGCAAGCAACACAGAAAAGAUAAGACAGAAAAAUCAACCUUGCACUGUAAACAAAGUUACUGAAAAGAUUGCAGGAUUAGAAAUCUGCAAUGAAGUGGCUGAAGAAGACUGGCCAGAAAUAGAGAAUAUGUUUCCUUUUGAUCCUCAAGACUUUGAGAGUUUUGAUCUUCCUGAAGAGCAUACAAUAAGCAAUAUCAACCUGCAUGGUGUUCCCCUCAUGGUCUUUGAAAGAACAUAUGACACGUGUGUGAACAUGGUUCCUUCACCUGUGAAGAUUGAAGAGGUUUCGUGGGAGUCUAACUUGCUACAAUCAAGUGCUGACUUCCUUGCUUCCCUGGAUGAGAUCAUUGGCAUGCCACCUCUGAAUUAUGACAUCUAA